UCUAAAACGGCGAACCCAGUAUCCCUAACCAUCAACUCUUCAACAAUGCGAUUCAAAUCUCAAACGCCGAAACCAAAAAAGGGAGGGAACUCCAUAAUCUGCAAGGCGGCAAAACUUAACCACAAACACCUCUCUCUCUCCAAGAGUCAAAGGACUACAGACGUCGAGCGGAAGUAUUAUCGGAAGAGGCAGUCCCUUCUAAUCUACCGUCUCUUCCGACUCAUCGCCGGGAGACCUCAGGCUGAAUUCCGUGCUGUCAAACGUUUGCGCAUGCGAAGUAGUAGUUCCAGAGAGUACAACUAUCCAACCGCAGUUCCGUUGUCACAGGUACUAGUGCAUGGAGCUUAAAUGAGAACAUCAUUCAAAUCCAGACACACCUCUCCAGAAGCAGUACUGGAUUCCCUCCGUGGACAGACCUGAUGAGCAAAAACAAAACUAG